UCUGCGACUAUUGGUGGAUUUAGUUGUCAAUUGACUCGGCAGCCCCGCCUUUAGUGACGCAGGUUAGUGUGCGUGAAAUGCGGCGUCGAGAAUGUCCUUCUCCAGCAGUCCUUUGGAGCAGCAGAAAUGAAACGCCAUGGACCUGAGAAGCAGAGAAGCUGAUCCUCGAUCAGCUGCACCCUUGUGAUAUUAGGGGAAAGGGCAGAUCUAGCGUCUACACUGAUCUGAGUUCGGUUUGAAGGCAGAGUCGUUGGCUGAUCCAGAAUUAGGGAAUCAGCCAAGCUCUGGAUGUGAAGGCUCGUCAGAAGGGGUGGAGCUAAGAUGUCAAUCAGGCAAGCGGAGGGCGUGAACAUCAUGCAGGCUUUAGCCAUGACCGUGGCUGAGAUACCUGUGUUCCUGUACUCCACUUUUGGGCAGUCAAUUUUCUCACAGCUGCGGCUGACCCCAAGCCUGAAGAAGGUGCUGUUUGCGACGGCGCUGGGCUCCGUGGCCUUGGCGCUCACGGCACACCACCUGAAGAGACGCAGCAGGAAGAGGAAGCAGGUAGCGGAGAAGGCAGCGCCUAAGACAGUGGGCAUCCCAGAGCAGCUAAUGCGCUCAGCAAGACCUGCAUCACUAAAGAGAGGUCCGGUUCCGGGCCGACAGAUGAUGAGCCCGAGUACUCGCAGCAACGACACCAUGAGCGGAAUCUCCUCACUUGCUGCAAGCAAACACUCGAGCUCUUCACACACAUCAGCGAGAGUCCCUGCAUCUCCCAACCAAACAGCUGCUGCAGCCACACCGUGGGAGGCGGAGCCUGUGGCAGAGGAGCCAGGGGCGAUAGAAGAUGCAAAUGCAGAGAACUUAUACCUCAUGGGUAUGGAGCUGUUUGAGGAAGCGCUGCAGAAGUGGGAGCAAGCGCUGAACAUCAGACACCAGACUCAGUCCAACUCCUCUGCUGCUAACAGCCUCACUCGACAGGGGGUAGCACUCAUGCCAGAAGUUCGUAAUCGAAAAUUUGCAGAAAAGCUGGAGUCCCUUCUGCACCGGGCUUAUCAUUUGCAGGAAGACUUUGGCAGCACAAUACCAGCAGAUAGCCUGCUAGCUGACCUUGAAAGUGAAGGCACAUUAAUUCUGCCCAUUGUGGAAAGCUCCCACGGGCUCCGGGAUGAUGACACCACUACCAUUACGUCAGAUGAUUCUUUUUUCUCUGCAGCCGAGCUGUUCGACACGUUUACUCUCGAUGAGGUGUAUCAGCCGCUAAAGCCUGCCGCGCUGUAUGAAGAGGCGCUGAGUUUAGUGAGAGAAGGGAAAGUAGAAUGCAGAUCACUCAGAACAGAGUUACUGGAGUGUUACAGUGAUCAGGACUUCCUGGCUAAGCUGCACUGUGUCCGACAGGCUUUCCACGUGUUACUGGUGGAUGAGACUCACAAGACUUUCUUCAUGGAAACAGGCAAACAGAUGAUCAAUGGACUCAUGAUCAAAGCCAACAAGAGUCCAAAGGCAUUUUUGGAGAGUUAUCAGGACAUGUUGCUGUAUACUCAACGAGAGGAGACAUGGCCAACCACCAAGAUGGAACUGGAGGGACGAGGGGUGGUGUGUAUGAACUUCUUCGACAUCGUGUUGGACUUCAUCCUCAUGGACGCGUUUGAAGACCUGGAGAACCCGCCCACCUCCGUGGUCGCUGUCUUACGGAACCGAUGGCUCUCGGACAGUUUUAAAGAGACGGCUUUAGCUACAGCAUGUUGGUCAGUGCUGAAAGCCAAAAGAAGGUUACUGAUGGUUCCAGAUGGGUUCAUAUCUCAUUUCUAUGCCAUCUCGGAGCAUGUGAGUCCAGUUCUGGCGUUCGGCUUCCUGGGUCCCAGACAGUACCUGACUGAAGUGUGCACUAUUUUCAAGCAACAAAUUGUGCAGUAUCUGAAAGACAUGUUUGACCACGACAAAGUGCGCUUCACAUCGACUCAGUCGCUGGCCGAAGACAUUUUGAGUUUGUCUCACAGGCGCACCGACAUCCUGCUGGGCUACCUGGGCAUCGACAGUGUGCCCGAAGCUAACGGGGCACUGCCUGCUAGCACGGGCGAACAGGAUUGAUGAUACUACACGUGGAAAUUUCUGUAAGAGAAAAGGAAAUAUAUUGAACUUCUUUAAUUCCAGAUCCAGAGGCGCAUCUACGGUCGUUAUUUUUAGGAGAAUGAAAUGUAAACUAUCAGUAAAUAUCCUCAGCAGGACCGAGUAUAAUGGAACGCUGGCAUUUUCAAGAACAGCUGCAGUUUGCAGUCCUGCAGUUUCUCUGAAGAAAUCGAAACUCAGUGGAUUCUGUGGCUGAACCUCUGGUAACUCCUGCAUCUGUUACUCUUAAUGAAAUGGUCUAGUUGAAAUGGAUUUAAUCUCCAUGUUGUAACUGCGCCAGGCAGAUCGGAUUGAUCCGCAGCUCGCCACCCAGCACGACAGAAGAUUACAGUUUCUGUAGCAGCCUGACUGACAAAAUCUAGAAUAAAUGAAGUGAUGUACAGAUCUACAAUGUAUAAUUGAAAAUCAGUGGAAACACCACCUUGUGUCACCCUUAGCUGACAGAACGGUAAAUGAGGAAUAUUGUUUUCUUGUGAGACGACAAGAUGUUUUAACUGAAUACAAGACUCAGAUGUUGAGUCGGAUCCAAGCUUCAUUCAUCCGUCAGAUCACCAGGUAGCUCUACUGUAGAUUUUAGAGCCGAACCCAGAUUUCCUUUGAGAUGAUUCAGGAAUACAGUCUGCCCAUGUGACAAAGAAUUGCUGCUUUCCAAGCUUAAUUUAAUCCCACAACUACUGAAGAAGCCGCACGAACAAGAACACCACAGAUCCCAAAAUAACACUAAGCUAAGUGGUCUAGGUUGUGUUCGCUGCUAGGUUCUGUCUCUGUUCCUCUCCGUCCUUACCACACCCUUGUACAUAAUCAUGUCGUCUGUCAAUUAAUAUUUUGGUAUAUGCAUACUGGUUAUAUGUAUCACUGGAGCUAUGAUAGUAGAGGAAUGUGUGGUAUGUGUGUAUAUGUACUCCCAAAUGUCAGAGGUGGUUUGAGUUCCAGCCAGAUCAAGAUCUUCGGCAGGUGGUUAUUGUCUGUUCAAUAUCAGCAGUAUAAUUCCUGUAAUUCUAGCGUUCAAGCAGGUUCUAAUUAUCAUUCAGGACGGCUAAACGGGUAUUUAGGGCACUGUAGAAUGCAAGCGACAAGCUUGUAAAGGGUCGAUUCACGCGUUGGCUAACACUGGGUUUCAUUUAAAGUCGAAUUUACGCUUUAUUACUAAGGUAAAGCUUUCUACUGUGAAUGAACUGCAGAUCACAAACGUCUGAAUGAAUAAUAAAUAAUAUAGUCAUGCUUCAGUUCACAUUAUGUUAGGAUAGUGUUUCCCAAUCCUGCUCUUAUAAUUCCCACUGUACUGCUGUUUUUUUUUUUUUUUUCCAGUGUUAAAAUAGUACUUUUUUACUAAUGCAGGUUUAGGAUACAUGCCCAGUGAUUUCCAAUACUAUUUUUAACUUGCCCUUAUCGACUGUUUCUUAUGAUUCAUGACAUGUGUAUGCAUUAUGUUGCACAAAUGGAGGAAUGUGCACUGGGAAAUUUUCCCUGCUCUAGCAGUUUCCUUGACUAUUGUCUUCAAGUUCUUGCCUUUUAUAAAGAUUGCUUUAUAAAGAGUUGCAAACUAGCUAGCAAAAUAAAUUAAUGAAGCUACGUGAACUGUCGUGCAGAUAGAGGAGUCAGCUGUGCGAGGCUGAAGUCUGCAGUUGCGCUGGUUCCGUAAUUUAUCUAACAAACCCCAGGAGGUGGGACGUUGACUGUGGUGUGAUAAGAACAGCACAGGAACACCACAGUCAUGUUUUAUCAUCAGUAAACCUUUCAAUCGCUAGAGUAAUCCCAAAUAUGUAAUAUAAACAGAGUCCUUUAACCAAACCUACUAGUGUAUAAGCUCUUAUCAUGAACUCUUAAGUCCUAUUCCCUCCAAGAUAAACAACAAUAAUAAUAAUAAUAAUAAUAGUAAUAAUAACUACUUUUGUAUAAGCUUUCAGGACUAGCUAGUUAAACUCGGCACAACAAAAAAAAUCCUGUAAUCCGCAAUUCAUACUCAAUACCAAGGACACACAUGUCUAAUUGAGUCUUAAUGGCAAAAUAAAUUAGAUGUGCAAUUCUGUUUUGCUUUCAAGUAUCUGAAAUUGUAUGGCAUCUGAUAAUGUUUUGUUUUUUCCUAUUUCCAUUUCCUCCCGUUUAACUCCAACCAAGUCCUGUAAUCCUAUGUACCGGCCUUCAUUUGCUUUUUUUUGCACUUUAUUGUUUAAAAAAAUGAUGACAAAUCCAACCUUAACUGUCUCAGCCUAUUUUUAUGGAAAUACUGAGUAGUGUAAUAGGUUGCCUCUAAAGCAGUGCUUGUAUUUUCCUGCGUAUGUAAGUUGAAUGCUGAAGGCAAAAUAAUGCAAAGACGUGCCAAAAAGAUAAUUGGCCACCAUUUACAAGUAAAUUAAGAGAUUUCUAGUUCAUUGAUGAUGCACAUAGAGUACAAUUAAGUGAUCAACAUUCAAAGCCUGAGGAAUUACACUGGAUGAGUUGCAUGAUUUGUGCCUCUGUUGUAUAUGACUUUCUUCUCUAUCUGUUCAUUCUGUUUCUGUGUUUAUAUCUGUGUGGCAGCCUGGGAAAACCCUUCACAUGGAGAUAUUAUGACAUUUUCUGCUAUAGUUGUGAUCAUUGUUUCACUUUUCAUAUGUUUCACUUUUCCACAUUUCUCAACCAGAAGUGAAAUAGUUUACCCCAAAAGUAAAAAAAGGAGAAAAGUGCAUUUAAAGAUUUCAUUCCACCUGUGGCGUAGGAGCAUCACGGACAUAUUGACAGCUGAUAUCUGAUGAGUUGUCAAUAUCUAUUGUCAAAAUGAAUUGAUUAGGCCUAUGCCAGUUUCGCUAUGGUGCUAUACAACAGCUAGAUCAAAACAUGUGUAAAAAAAAAUUCAUGAACUAGCAAGGUUUUAGACUGAUUUUAACCGCUGCAUUUGUUAAACUGACUCUUUACCCAACAUGUCUUUUUUUUAUAUACAGGAUGAUAGCCUAGGCAAGGUUAAAAAGCAAAUAAAAACAUUUCCACCUCAUUUUGGUGAAAUAUAUGUAUGGUUUCUUUACAUCAUGUGCAGAAAACCCAAAUUUUUUGACCCCAUAUUUUUUUCUUUUUAAAGGAAUUCAACCACAGUGACAUCCAAAGGGUUUUCUAAAACUGUUCAAUGUUCACACUAGCAAGUGAAAAGAACGCUACUUUUGCUGCUUGUGGGUGUGCCCUGUCUGUUCUCGUUUGGCGAACGGACAAAGACCGCAGCCCACACGCACCAUAGGAUUGGUCAAAGAAACCAUUUGAGCCAUUUGUUUGGAUUUGUUGUUUUACUACAUCAUCUAAUUUGCAUAGAAAUGAGAAAAUUCCAAUUUUGCUGUAAUCGUGGCUCCGUGUCACACAUUUAUGCAGAAAACGAAUGAUCAUCUGUCGCUUGUUGCUUGCUAGUGUGAACAUAGGGUUCGUUGUGGAACAGUAUGAAAACUGUACAACCCAAUAUGAAGCUUUUCAGUACAUCACGUUACCUGCUUAGAACUUUCAUCUGUAAAGAUUGGCUUAAGAAACCUGCUACAUGUUUUUUAAAUAAAGCUGGAUUGUUAAAAGAACUGCUCUUAUGCAGAAGAUCGUAAAUGGCAGCCGACAGUGAGAUGCCUGAAAGAUUCAACCUUAAUUAUUCAGUUGUUUUUUUUUUUUCUUUUUUUUUUUCUAAAACAUGCUGAUUAAAGCUUUGAGUUGACUGAAAGGUGUUAAAUGUACUGACAUGCGAAAUGUAAUAAUCAUUCAUAUUUAAUAGUGUUGCAUAUUAUUUGUAUUUCUGUAUUUGUUUUUUUAAGUAUGUCUUUUUCCUUACAUGUUUUUGUUGUUGUUGUUGUGACACUUUACAUAGAGCACAUGGGAACAAUUUUGUGUAAUGGAAAGAACAGAUGUUAUGAUGAAAGGUGUGUGCAGUUUCAAUACAAGCUUUGCGAUGGAUUUGGACUCGCUGUAAUUAAAACCAUGUACAUAAACAUGUCAAUACUACCAGAUAUAUUUUUAGCGACAUGGCACUGGGUGGGCAGUAUAAAUUUAUAUAUUUAUUUAUACACAGAUUAUGAAUUAUGUAGAAAUUCAUUUUGGGGAAGCCAUAUAACCCAAAUCAGAAUAUGCUCCAGGUAGUAGCUUUAAAGUUUGGAAAGUUAGAAUGGAAAUGUUUUUGUUAUUGAGAAAUAAUUUAAGAUAUUCAUGAUCAUUCAUUAACGAAUCCAUAAAUGUGAUUAAUCAUUAUAGGAGAGCACAUUCGAUGUUUUGGUACUAUUAAGAAUCAAGAUACAAUCAUAUAUGGCAAAAUUAUAAAACCAUCUCCUCUAAUGUGCAGCUCAUCACAUGCUUGUGUGUUGUGUGCCUGUCCAUAUUUCCCUGUUCUUGUUUAAAAAAAAAAAAAAAAAAAAUCACAGGUUGUGUGUCAAAUUUUACACAAGAGCUGAGCUAGAAGCAGUGUGCAUUCAGUCUAAGCAGUGCUUUCUGGACAUUUUCAUGUAAACCUUUUCCCAUGUAUCUGUUGAAUAUCUAAUACCUGAGAGUUUUAACGUAGAAGGGAAUUCUAAUUUGAUUAGCGUAAAUGUAUCUGCUGAGUUACACCCUCUCACGGUGCACUGAAAUCUUCUAUAAAAGCAGUGAAUAAUCAUUCUUUUGUGUUUCAUGGAUACUAGUUUGGCAAUCAGUUGCCAAACUGAAAAAACCAAAAAGUUUUAAUCUGAUUUUUAAUCAUAUAAAUGUGCAGGAACCCGGGGGUCACCUUAAAAAAAAAAAGUUCUUCUUUGCAUUUGCCUUUGGUCUAAAAACCUGGUAGUAAAUUCCAGCACAAAAGUGUUGUACUUGUUUCUGACAUUUGUAUUUUGUUUUUCUUAUAUCUGUACUUCUACUGGACAAACAUAAAACAUUCAUUUUUGC